CAGGGACCAACAGAGUGACAGUCAUGAAUCUAUCUGCAGCAAUCACACUUCUGAUUCUCAAGAUUGGCAUUUUUGUGGCAGGACAGAAUGUUACUAUUACUAACACAACCACAACGAUUAUUACUACAGUCAUAACAACAAAUAACACCUCCUCUAAUGCCACAGUGCCUACAACUUCAACUACAACACCUACUACAACCAGCAGUAGAAUGACAACACUGCCAUCAGUCACUACAUGGGGUCCUCUGAUGUACUGCUGGUUCCCAUGUUUUGGUGGCAGUUGUGGAGGUGGUUACCCCCUGCCACAGAGACCUCCAAGUGGUGGAACUUUGUCUUGGUGGUUUGGAUUCCAAUUCCAAUGGUCAAGAAGCAAAUCAAAACAGCAAAGAUAUCCUUGUCCAAAGAAAGGAAGCCGUAAUCAAAGACGCAGGGGAUGUUAAAAUCUGUGUAUCUCUACAGGUGGAAAUAAAUUAUUAAAAUAUAGCAUAAAAAAUUAGUCAUUCAUUUUUGUAAGACUGAAGCAAAAAGAUAGUGCAAUACACCCAUGUCCAGAAGUGAGCUAUAUGAACUUAAUGACUGUAAAUCAUAAGCUGAUUGGAUACUUACAUCAACAAUCAGAGCUAGGUUUCAGUGGGUUUGCUGGGAAACAGUUGUGUAAUGGCAGAUUUUUUGUGCAGCACUAUUUUAAGGCAAAAUGCUAAAAAUAAUAUAUUGGUGUUGUUUUUUCUUUUUUAAACAUUAUUCUCUGUAAUCUGUUCAAACUGUCUGGCUGAGAUGAUUAGUUUAGUUACUUUAUCCUAAGUUUCACUUUAUUCUUUCAGGUCCAUCACACUACUUAAUUAUUACGAAAUGAUUUGACAUCACCAUCCAGUUUGACUCAAUAUAUAUUUAUAGUGACUUUACAGGUUUUGGUCAGUUGUGACCGUCUUCAGAAGGCAAUAACAGCAUACUAAAGAACCUCUAUUACAUGGUACAUAUGCUUAAAAUAUGUAUAAAAGUUUUCUAAUUAUUAAAGUUAAAAUGUAUUUUAAGUUAAUGAUAUAGUAUUAACAUUUAAAAUCUUCAACUGCUAGGAUUUGUGUUUCCUUGCCUCUUCUGUCAAAACAAGAGAUUGGGGUGUUAUCUGCCAUCCUCUGAUGUCAAGACAGCGUUGUUUUCCCCUUUUUCUCACAGAAUUCUUUAACGAUCUGUGUUGUUUUCGUUUCUCCUUUCCUUGUGUAUUGAGGCAUCAUAAAAUGAGGGGAAAACAAUGCUGCCCAGAAUAGGUUUGAGGGGUUACAAUAAGUCAUGUGAAUGUCUGAAAAGGAACAUGUAAAAGAGAAAUUUAGAAAAGAUUUUUUUAAGUGGGUGCUCACAUAUAGUGAUUUCUCCAGUAAGGGUUUUGUGAAAUAAUAGUUUGGGAAUUACUGGCAUAUAAAAAGCCUAACCUGGUUUGUUUCACGAUCACAUAAACACUUGGCACAUGAAAGCAAAGUCUGAUGUACAUUUACUUGGGUGCAGUCUUUCUGGACGUUAUUAUGGUAAACUACAUUGACCAGAUUUUGGUUAAUGAUGAUUAUAAGAUCAUGAAAAUAUUAAGUCAGGGGAGUGAAUUCUAGUCAUGAAAAAAGAUAGCAAUUAUUAUACCAUGUCUGUUAUAACAUAAAAAAUAAGAUAAAUUGUCACUGAUGUCUAAAAUUGCAAUUGUAUGCAAUAUGAUAUAAAAUAAACAUUAUGAAUUGGAAGAAUAACAAUAUAAUCCUUGUCUAUGUGCAAUGCUGCUAUUAGACAUCUGACGGUCCUGAAAACCUUACUAUAACAUACCAAAUGAAUAUGGAUUUCAGGGCUCUAUAGUAAAUACUCUUUUUGAUUAAAGUUCUGUAAUAUGACAUUAAAUAUGUAGUUUAAUUUGUAAGCUUGUGUUCAAAGAGAGCAAUAUUUGGCAUUAACUAGUUGUGUUCAUGGUCAAAACAUUCCCUUACUUACAGGUAUAUCAUAUCAGAAUCUUCUUCAUCUGUGUUUACACCAGUGUCUUCAUUUCCUCGCCUGUGUUUGCACCACAAUCAUUCUUUGCCUCUACUCAGAAAAAAUCCAUUUUUCCUUAUAAAGUUGAGCAACCACCCCUUCUCUUUAUCUGUGUUCAGUAUUAUCAGGCAUACAGAAUGAUUAAUUACUGUAUGGAUGCUACUCUUA